CGCAGCUGAGCUUAACCUGCUGCCGCCGCUGCUGCCUUCACCUCCGAAUACAAAAACAACCGCCACCCGCUCUCUUCACCGAACCGAGGACCCACCGAAGGCUGCUUCACCUCGGCGGUUUGAAGCCCCGUCGUCCGUUGAGUGCUCGGCAGUGUCCCGGUCCUGCUUCUCCGCCGUGUUUGUGUUUGUUAGCGGCUGGAAAUGGAGGCGGCUAGCGGGCUGCUAGGUAGCCUGAUAGCGGCGGAGGGGAGCGGCUGAACGGAGCAGACGAGACACGGAAUUGAGAACGCCCAGCCGUUAAAGAGCUCCUGGUCGGCCGGCUGGUUAGCAUGGUGGAGUAGCAAAGGCCGUAGAACCUACGGACGGCUCGCUCUAACCAUGGCCCCGGGCUCGCUGGUGGCGGCCUGCCGCAGCCUGGCCCUCUCGACGUGGCUGCUGUCCUUCUGCUUCGUCCACCUGCUGUGCCUGGACUUCACCGUGGCCGAGCGGGAGGAGUGGUACACGGCCUUCGUCAACAUCACCUACGUGGACCCGGCCACCUCGGAGCUGCGCACCGAGAAGACGGAGUGCGGCCGCUACGGGGAGCACUCCCCGAAGCGGGACGCCAAGGGGGUACUGGUCCUGCCCGCGGCCCCGCUGGACCGCCAGGCCUGCGACCCCAACACCCGAUUCCUGCCGCCCGCCCAGGCCUCGCCCUGGAUCGCGCUGAUCGCCUCGGGAAACUGCACCUACAAGGACAAGAUCCGCCACGCUGCGGCCCUCAACGCCUCGGCGGUGGUCAUCUUCAACGUGGGCUCCGCCAACGCCAACGACACCAUCACGAUGCCGCAUACAGGUGCCAGCGAGGUGGUCGCCAUCAUGAUCCCCGAACCCAAAGGUCGUGAGGUGGCGUCGCUGCUGGAGCGCAACGUGACGGUCACCAUGACGAUCACCAUCGGCACCAGGAACCUGCAGAAGUACGUGAGCCGGACGUCGGUGGUGUUCGUGUCCAUCUCCUUCAUCGUGCUGAUGAUCAUCUCGCUGGCCUGGCUCGUCUUCUACUACAUCCAGAGGUUCCGCUACGCCAACGCACGAGACCGCAACCAGCGUCGUCUUGGUGAUGCAGCGAAAAAGGCCAUCAGCAAACUGCAGGUUCGAACCAUCAGGAAGGGCGACCAGGAGACCGAGUCCGACUUUGACAACUGUGCUGUCUGCAUCGAAGGCUACAAGGCCAACGACGUGGUCCGGAUCCUGCCCUGCAGACAUUUGUUCCAUAAGAGCUGCGUGGAUCCGUGGCUGUUGGACCAUCGCACGUGUCCCAUGUGUAAGAUGAACAUCCUGAAGGCGCUCGGCAUCGCGCUGAACGCCGACUGUCUGGAUGACCUGCCGCUGGACUACGAUCUGGCUCUGGGCGGCGUGGGCGGAGUUGGGGCGUUGGCGCUGGAGGCGGUGGUGUCUGGGGCGUCCAGCGACGGAACGCUGAGCGAAGGCGGCUCCUCCGUGGUUCUGGACCCGGGCGUGAGACGGGUUGGGCUCCCGCAGGACUACCAGGACCCCGACACCCUGAGAGACAGUCCGGUGACCGCCACCACCGACACUCACACAGGUGAGCUCCAGCCAAUGGCGAGCAGCGCCUCGGUGGCGUCAUUCGUCAUCGCCGUGGAGACGGGUCUGUCAGACGAGGAGGGGUCUAUGGAGCCUCAGCUGGGGGACAAGUGCUGAGAGCAGAACCAAACCGGAAUCGGGCCAAAACAGACUUCAGCGGGCCUGAAGGUCCGACAGCGACGAAAACAUCUGAACUAAAUCCGCUCCAAGCUCGGGCCGGGAUCUGGUUCUGGUGACCAAUCCAAACCCAGAACCAGCGUCAGGGUUCCGCUGGGUUCUUGUCUUAGACGUGUACCACACAACGCCAAACUCGCCCACUUGUCUGGACUCCAGGUGGACUCGAGCCCGGCUGGAACCAGGGCUGAGACCUGGAUGGGUUUAAACCGUUUAAUACAGAACCGUUCAUUUUAGGAACCUGAAAGACCCGGUUUGGUUUUUGGUUCCACCGGGCUUGUCCCAUUUUAAAAUGUCUGCCGUCUCGGUUCGGUCCGUUUAGAAAGAAGAAAAAAUAAACCUCCUGCUUCUUUUCAAACGCUGUUGAACCUUUUUGUGUGCAGAUCCUUCAGUUGGGUUUCUGUCAAUGAUCCGGUCCAGGAUCUUGAGGAGUUCUCUGGACCUUUUGUUGGAAUAUUCAGUUCCCUGGUUUCACCUGUCCCGGUUGGUCUGGAUUGUUUGAACAGUUAAUCUGGUUAAUUUAGCUCCUGCUGAUUAGCGUUGUUUCCGUCAGGACUUUUAUUUGAGACGGACGCAGCUGCACCUUCUUCUCCUGGAACUUUGCUGACGGACUCAUGGCAGUGUCACUACAGCAGUGUUGCUCGUUUCCUCUCUUUUUGCCCGUCUUUGUCUUUGUUUUCGUUGGGUUCUUCAUCUUGACGGUGGUUUGGGUUCCAACAGGGUUCCUGGUUUCCAUAACACAGAGCAGAAACGAUGAGUUUAAAUCAGUCUUUCUAAAGGCCACAACAUGGUACUUUAGUCUUACUCUUGCUGUACGGACCAGUCCAGACCAGAACAUGGACGAUCCUGUUGACAAGACGUUGACAGAACGUCCACUAAUUGAACCUUUUCUGUUUUCUCUGUAGGAACCAACAACUUGGAUGUUAACUCAGAGUGACCAUGACGACCCCAACAAUCAAUCGAUUGGUUGUCGAUAUCAGAUUAACCACCAACUGUUCUGAUUAUCAGGUUAUUUAUUUAUAUUUUAACUCUUUCAAAUCUGUGAUUGCAGAUUCUUCAAUGUGAAUAUUCAGGUUUCUUUCCUUCUCUAUGACACUAAACUGAAUAUCCACACUGUUCUUGGCAAUGUUCUGACUGCAGGAACGCUCCCUGUAGAACCUUUAGAACCUCAUUGAGGGCAGCUGAUUGGUUAAAUUCAGAGAGGACAACAUGUUUUCUGUCCUCUCUAAUCACCAUCAGGACCAUAAAGUUCUCCAGAUGGUCCAACACAAUGAACCUCCAUUGUUUUGUUGGUUUGAUCUGGUUGGUUCUGGUCUCUGAGUUAAUAUGUGGAUCUCCAGUGGAAACAGAAAGACUGAAGGUUGAUCCUGUAAACCUUCAUCUGAACAGAGUUUCCAUCCAUCCAUUAUCUCCACACCUCUUUAUCCUCUGUAGGGAAAUCCUCCUGUUGAGCUUUCUUUAAGUCUUUAGGUUCAGUUUUAUAUCAACAUGUCAUGUGAGGAGGAACUUUCUGAUCAUUUCUGGGUUUAAAGACAGAACCUGGUUUCCUGUUUGAAGUCACAGAUCAGAGCUAACGGAUGUAAAGAUGGAUCCUGGUUCUGUUUUUCUGUCCCGACUACUCGUCUCACGCUGCCUUUUUGAAGACACAUUUACCUUCCACCCGACAAUCAUGGAUCGGAGCUUUGAACCUGCUGAUCCUCUCUGUGGACUUAAAGGGUCGGAUCUGCAGCUGGAACACCUCAGCGGCUGUAAACUGGUCAAUCAGCGACACGAGCUGUGAAGAAACGGACACUCGAGCACAGAAUGGCAGCCCAACGUGUAAAUAUAAAUGUACAUUAACCCGAGUUCACCGUCGGACCGCGUGGAGUCGCGUCACGUCGCCGCCGUGAGCGUCCCGAGAGAGAUAAAGAUUGUCGUCUAUUUUGAUACCAGAGGAGACGUUUAUUUUUGUAACGAAGAGACGGAGUUCCUCCCGCUCCGUCUGGAUGAUUCUCAGCGAGGUCGAGUUCCGAUCAGGCACAUUUCAGUGUUGAUUAUUUGUGCAAUUGUACAGUUUGCAGAGGACCUCAACGAAACGAAACCCAAAACUAUUGUGAAAUAUGUGACGGUUCUGGAUGGAAACUGAGAGAAGUGAGCCGAGUGCAGGAGAACCAAAGCUGCACUGAUCCGUCCGGCAAAAUGGGAAUAAAAGGGCGUAAAGUUAAACAGUUGGCUUCUAAAAAGAGUAAAAGUCCUGCUGGAACUGAUGAUGAUAAUGUUUGGGGUAAUUAAGUGAAGAUGGUGCUUCUGGUUCAGGUUCUGGUUCAUUUUCUCUCAGACUCUCAUCAGAACACUUUUAUUUUGUAAGGUUCUUCCUGUUUCUCUGCUGCCUCCUCACGUUGAGGACCAGUUUGUAUUCAAACCAGCAUGUUCGACGGCGAUGUCUCGGCCACUUUUCUUUGAGUAACAGUUUCUUCUUUAUUUUCAAGGAAUUCUUCUGUUUCUUUGAUUAUGUGGAAACAAACUUAAACCUCCUUUGAAUCUGUUUCCGUUUGAGCCGCAGAAACUGAAGCUGGCGUGACACGAUGAUCCGUCACUGUCGGACUCCUUGUUUGCUUUUAACGCGACAUAAAACCGUCAAAGCUGCUGUUUUAAUUUGGUGCUCUUAUUCUGAAAUCGCCUGUUUGUGUUUAUUCAACACGCACUUCCUGCCAGAGAGAAAGCUUUCAGAAGAAUGUUUAUUUUUCAUAUUUUUGGACCCAAAACGGACAUAUUUUGCUUCAGCAACAUGUAAAAUAUGUAAAUUAACAGCCUCACUUCUGUAUUCAACUCGAUCCUCUUUAGAUUUAUAAAUUUAAAUCGACACGUGAGGAAAAUCAACCUUCCCGUGAUAGCAACCGCUAACAGGAUGUUUAAGGUGUUAGGAAGUUCACAUCCAUGAGUUGAGGAACAAGAUUUUAGAAAUUUUGUCGUCUUGAAGCAGAAAAUAGAGAAACUUGGAAUCAGUUUUUUUAUUUUUAUGAAGCUAAAUUAUUCCAAAAACAUUCCAGUUUCCUGUAAUGCUGGACAGAAAUGUGCAAACUAUGACUUCUUGAUGAGCAUCUCAUCAUUAUUGUUGUAAUUAUUCGAUGGCGAGUCCACUUUACCACAUCUUUAAAUUGCAGAGUUUUGUUUCUGAGUUCUGUGGAAAACAAUUCUAGUAAGAAAGACUCGAUUAUGAGGUUUUAUCUAUCAUCUUCCAUCUAUCUAUGUUAGCAUCGGCUAACAGGAAGUUGUAGAUGUUAGGGUUAGUUUCACAUGUGCACUGUUAAUUUUAGCGACAAGAUUUUACAAAUUCUGUCUUGAAGUCGAAAAUAGAGAAACUUGAAAUCAGUUUUUUAUUUUAAUGAAGCAGUUUCCUGCAGUGAUGGACGGGAAUGUGCAAACCAGAACUUCUUGAGGAGCAUCUCAUCAUUAUGCUGUAAUUAUGGGAUGGUGAGUCCACAGUAUCGCAUCCUUAAAUCACGAUUCUAGUAAAUGAGACUGUUAAUUAUGAGGUUUCGUCUCAAACACAGGGAUAACGUAAAGGUUUCGUAGCAACGAGAUAAAUGUAAAAAUGUGAAGAAACAACCAGAUUAAUGACAAGAAACGACUCAAAGACCAAACCCAACUUUCUCUUCUUCUAUUGGCUUUAACAGUCUGAGAAUGAAGCUUUAAGAGAUUAAAGUUAAACUUGGACCAUCGUGUCACUGCCAGUAAUGACUUCCGGUUGGUUCAUCACCUCCCCGAAUGCUGCGUUCUGAUCGGUUGCUCGGCCUCUUUUGUUGAUGCACUUUAAAUUCUGUUACUCUGGAAGGUUCUGGAAAAAUUUCUCCUUUUGUUCCCUUCACGACUCUUUUCUUUACAUCUUUGCUUGUCCACUGUUUUUGUGUGGGGGUUUUUUGCCAGUUUUUCCUCACCGUUGGGGAUAUUUCUGGAUUAUUAUAGAUUCUACUUCUUUUCUGCUGAGAAGAAGUUUUUGGAUGAUGUUUUCAGGUGGAUUUUAAAGCAUUUCAAGGACUCCGCGGGUGUUCGGUUAUAAUUCUUCAAAGGCGGAACUUUCGAUCCUUCCAGAGAAGCUGAGAGACGAUCUGCUGCCAGGACAACAAGGUGCGAUGUCAUGUUCGUUUCUACGGUAUUAACGUGGACUUUGUUUUCCAGAACGUCCGUUUGUGCGAUUUGUCCUGCAACCUUCAUAAACGUGUAAAUACAGGCGGCGUGACUCCAUGUUGUUUCUGUGUUUCAGUUGUUGCACGUGUCCUGAUCCAGGACAGAAUUUAAAUAAAGUUACUGCAAGUUUUUGUUUUUAUUCCAA